AAAAGUUAUUGGGACAGUUUUGGGACAAUCAAAUUCACGUGUUAGUCUCGCUUUUUGCCUUGUUUUAUUAGUUAAUUCUUAUUAAAUUACGAUUAUUUUUGUUUAAAAAUGCAGCACGACGAUGUUGUUUGGAGCAUUAUCAACAAAUCCUUCUGCUCACACAAAGUCUCGACAGCCACUCAGAGAUUCUGCCGGCAUGAGUACAAUCUGACAGGGCUGUGUGGUCGCUACACGUGUCCCCUGGCCAACAGUCAAUAUGCCACUGUCCGGGAGGAGAAUGGGAUAGUGUAUCUGUACAUGAAGACAGCCGAAAGGGCUAUGUUUCCCAGCAAAAUGUGGGAGAAGGUGAAAUUGUCGCGUAACUUUGAGAAAGCCAUCCAUCAGAUAAAUGAGAAUCUGCUGUUCUGGAACAAAUACAUCAUCUCCAAGUGCAAACAGCGCUUCGUGAAGAUCACACAGUACCUCAUCCGGAUGCGAAAACUCCGGCUGCGGAGACAGAAGCUGCUGGUGCCGCUGCAGCGAAAGAUCGAACGCCGAGAGAAGAGACGCGAAGUCAAAGCCCUGGUGGCAGCAAAAUUGGACAAUGCCAUUGAGAAGCAGCUGCUGGAGCGACUGAAGAAGGGCACCUACGAGGACAUUUACAAUUUCCCACAGAAUAUCUUCAACAAAGCGUUGGAGAGUGAAAAGGUGGAUGAUGAGGAUGAAGAAGAGGAGGAGGAUGAUGAAGAGCAGGAGGGAGAGUCAGAGAAAGAGAUGGAGAUCGAGCCAGAAGUGGAGAGGGAGUUAGAACUGGACACGGAAUAUGUGGAAGCGGAGGAUGAUGACGAUGAGAUGGAAUCUGAGGCAGAAAGUGAAUCAGGAAUGCGGGAAGCAGCAGAAGUCGACAGUGACUUUGAAUCUUCAGAAAAUUCGGACAUUGAGGUAAGUACGAGCAGUCUGCAAAGUUUUCUGUUUCUCCAUGACAGAUUUUUUCCCAAUCAAAACCGAAAACAAAAAAUCACAAAAAAUGCGAAAAUAAAAUUGACAAAACAAUUUUCUCCAUUUUUUUGGUACUGAAAAGAUCGCAGCUCUAGAUCUGCUGAACAGACUUAAAUCUGACCUAGGCAAAAAGAAAAGGCAAUUUAAAGACCUUUACUUUUUCUUAAGUCAGAAAUAAAUCAGUUCAGAAGAACUGGAGUUACGAUCUAUUGAGGAUGAAAAACCAGCGAAACUUGUUGUGACUUUUACAACGAAAAAGUCUUAGCCACUUUAAAUAAUUAAUUAUACGGAUUAGAGAAAUACAAAAAAAGUCAGUGAUAAACCUAGAUCAGUUUAUAAAGGUGUGAUUUUUACAUUGCAAAUUCGGUUUUUGGACAAAAUAUAAAGAUUCUUUUUUUAUUUGGAACUACACUGAGAAAAAAAAGAGGGUGCGAUUAACUUUUUUCCUCAUAACUUUAACACUUUUUAGGCGUAAAAAUAUAUUAACAUUUUUUAAUUAAAUUUUACACCUUUUUAAGGGUAAAAUUAACAUGAAAAAGGGAAAGUUUAACCCCUAAUACACCUAAAAAGGGUAAUAUUUACACCGAUUUCGGAUCAAUACUGCAGGGUAAAAUUAACAUUUCCGGAAUGUUAUUUUAACUUUUUCGGAUUUCUCUCAGUGUAGUAUUAAUUUUAUUCAAUUUACACAAAAGUAUAUGAUAAAUUGUAAGUCAAUUUUCUCGAAAACCCUCAAAGAGCUCUACAAAAGUAUAUACAAAUAUUCGAAAAAUCAUAGUAUGAUUUCUAUAUAAUCUAAAAAAAAUAUGGCAUAGUGUCCCAGACUUUGCGAAAUGCUCGAACUUAGAUGCUACACCUCAAAAGUAUUUCGCAACAUUUACCAUUUACCGGUUCUCAACCGAUUCAAACCGAUUCAUAAAUCAUUCACAUGAGUCUCCAAAAUUCUUUUAAAAAAAGUAAUACAAUUAAUAUUCGGAUAAAAAUUAGUUAUCGGCCAUGAACCAGUUCAGAACCGAUUGAAACUGAUUCACUUUUAUAGAAAAAUCCAAGACCUUUCCAAGGAGCCCAAACGUGACCUCAUUUGCUUGAUAAAUGCGCUCUCUGGUGUCUUUUUAAGCUUUGACCUUGAAAAACUGAUCAGGAAUGAUUCAUCGGUAUUUUCGCACAUUACCAUAUGUCCGCCUGGGUAAUCUCUAAAACAUAUCCAAAAAUUAAAAAAAAUCGCACGACGCGUUUUCGAACAGUCUCAAAAAACCUGGUUUUGGUUUUGUAGUUUAAAACUGUUGAAAAAUUCUAAAAAUUACCACUAUUAUAGUGCGAUUAUAGUUUUUCACACUAUUAUAGUGUGAAAAAAUACACAACUUUAUGGUAUUUUUUGUGACAUGAUCAAAAAUUAACACUAUUAUAGUUGGAUCAUAAUUUUUCACACUAUUAUAGUGUGAAGCCUUGUGUAUUUCAACCAAAGUUGUUGAAUUUUUAAACAAUAGUUGUGUAAAAAUUGUUGAAUUUCCUUUUGAGACUUAUACUUCAGUCGAGAUGCUUUUCAUUGGGCGAAAGUCAUAUACACAGUAAAAAAAAAUAACACUAUUAUAGUGUGUAAUCUUUCAAACCACUAUUAUAGUGUUAAAUUUGGAAAUAAUAUUUAAUUCUUAAUUGCGAAACAGGCACCUCUCAUUUUCGUCAUGAGAGAUGCUCCAAACAUCUACCCUGCAAAUUUGAGACUGAUCAGAGCGAGUUGACCAAAUUGCUGAUUACAAAAGGUGUGAUUAUGUAAGAAUCACGCCUAAUUAAAAAUAAGCAGUAAAAAAUAUGGUCAUUAUUGUAAAAGAAAACUAAAUGGUCAGUAGAAAUAUUUGAGAUGAUCAGUAAAAAUUUUAAAAGUGGUCAGCAAAAAAACUUAAAAUUCAGCAGAAAAAAAUAAAAUGAUAUCAUUUUAAUUUUGACUGAUCAUAUUUUGUUUUCUUCUGCUAAUUUUUAAAAAUUUUUCAGUCAUCAAGUCGAAUAUUUCUACUGAUCGGUUUGAAAUUUUUACUGCUCAUUUUUAACUUUUUACUGGUCGUUUAUUUAUUUAUUUUUUUUGAUCUAGCGCCUCUAGCGAUGAACAUUCAAAAUUGCAACGCUAGUAACACCUUUUUUUACGAAUAUUUAAUUUCUAAAAAUUAAUAUCGCAAUAAUAUAAUUUUAUAUCAUCUUGUUAUAGUAUUAUGUACUAAAAUUUUAGUAUGUUUAAAAUUUUGACGCUUGUGAAAAAUGCAGUUAAAAUAAUCAUUUUUUACUGCUCGAACUCAGAGAGAGAGCAGUUAUAUAGUCGUCUUUUUUUAACUUGUAUCCGUCCUGGAGCUUAAACGGCUAAACGGUAUAUCGACUUCCGGUCUUCGAUGAUCCCCAAUUAAAAAAAAAACAAUAUCUUCAGACUUCCCCCCUCUAUUCCCUCCAGAACCAUACUUUUUGGUUUUCCUCAAAAUUAGCCCAAGCUUUUUCAAUCAUUUUCAGAUAUGUAUUAGAGCUAGCCCAGGCGAACAUUUCGCCCAAACAUAACUAGGGUAAAUAGCCUAAUUCAAAACCAUUUCCAGACGCUUUAGUUUCGACAGAAGAUUCCACACAUUAAGUUCAUAUUUUUUCUGAAGAGAAUUACAUAAAUUUGCUCCUUGACUCUUCUAGAAUGUUUCUGUUUAGUCAAAAUUCUUUAGAUAUAAUUUGAAAACUUCUUAAAUACAAGAAAAAUACGCGAGCGUAAAAUGCUUCUAUUGGAAACAAAAUUAAUCUAAAUGGAGACAAGGGAAGUUUCUAAUUGGAGACAAACAGUGUAAGUGAAACCGCGACGAAAGGCUUCCAAAACCUUGUUGAGUUGCUCCUGAAUGCAUAAUUUGUUCUUAUUCCUGGUCUUUUCUCCUUUCCCAUCUAAAACAAUAAGAAAAUCUCUUCAAAAAAUCAUAUUCCCUGGGUUUCCUAUUGAAGCAUUUGCAGACACUUCAGAAAAACACUUUUUGUUCACGAAAUAGGUAAUUAUUUCAUUUGAAAACUUCACGUACCGUUAACAAUAAAGAUUAGCACUUAAUUCAACGAAAAUUAUCCAGAAAUAUGACAUAAAUGUUAAACAAAACGAAUAAACAACAGUCACCAUAUUGUGUUUUUCAUUGGAAAACAUGGUCGUUCUAUGAAAAAUUCGAUGGUUAAAAGGUACACUUUAAUUUUUUUCUGAGAAAUUAACAAAUUAGAAUCUGUGACUAUGAAUGGAUUUUUGCUUUAUUUGGAGCAAAAUUAACUAAAUAAUGAAACUGUGGUAUAGAAAAUAUAUAAAUAUAAUAAUUUAGUACUGUAUUUAUCGUGAAAACAAUUAUAUUUCCAUUUGUAGUAGCGAAAAUUUUCCAUUUGGAGCAGGAUUUGAAUUAGUUUAAUUUACCCUAAGACCGGAAAUUUCGCCAUUUUGAAUUAUCGAAGGUCAAAGGUCAACCACUUUGAAAGACUCAUUUUUCAACCGAUUUGGUUUAAUUUGGAUUUUUUGGAAGGGUAUUGAAUUUUCGAACCCGGCUGGAUCGGUCUUGAACGGUAAUGAAUCGGUUAAGUACCGAUUUUUUAAUAAUUUUACAUCCCCAAUAAUUAAUAUUCCCUAAAAAUAAAGUUUUUUCGGUUUUUCUCAAAAUUGGCCCAAGCUUUUUCAAUGAUUUUCGGAUAUUUUUUAGAGGUAGUCCAGGCGAACAUUUCGUCCAAACAUACCUACGACCGGAAAAUCCGCCAUUUUGAAUUAUUGAUGGUCAAAGGUCAAUCACUUUGCAGGGCCCAGUUAAAUUUCGAUUUUUUGGAAAGGUAUUGAAAUUUCGAACCUGGCUGCAUCUGUUUUUAUCGGUAAUGAAUCGGUUAAGUUCCGAUUUUUUGAUUUUCAAAUGCUUUUGUCAUAUGAAUCAAUUCGAUCUCUAGUAGAUCAGUAAGCACAAAAAGAUCAUGCGAAAAACGCGAAAAACUAAUUCACGGAGAACUCUAUCUCGUGAGUUCGAGCUUUCCGCAAAGCUGCUGGGACACUUUGCCACCCUUUUUUAUUAAGAAGUAGAUUUGCCAAUAUAUCCAGCAUUGUACAUUUUUAUCCCGAAUAUUUCACAGCUUCUGUUUGAUGAAUUGUGAUAAAAAAUUUUUUUACUAAAUUUACAAGAAAAAGAAAAGAUAAAAA